AUUGUAUGUCUUAUUACCCUGCGUGCCACGCAUUAUUCUUUCUUGAAAACGUCCACUGGCAUCUCCAAUCCACCACGAAUAACGGCUUUGAGACUGAUACGAAGCACGUUGCGGUCCCAGUAGGGUUAUGAUACAUUCUUUCUACGCUUUGCGAUGUAACAGAAUCGCCUCUCGGAGGCUCGUCUCCAUUGCGCGAGGUUUCGCCUCCGAGCCUCAUGACGAACCUUCGGGCAUCAGGAAUAUGGCAUUGGUCGCUCAUAUUGAUUCGGGAAAAACUACUCUAACCGAGUCUAUUCUACAUAAAUCCUCUUACAUAUCAUCCCCCGGUUCGGUCGAUACCGGAAGUACCAUCACCGAUUUCCUGCCUGCUGAGAGGGAGCGAGGAAUAACGAUACAAUCCGCAAGCGUACCGGUCAAGUGGAAGCACUGGACCUUUAAUCUUAUUGACACGCCAGGCCACGCUGAUUUUGGAAUGGAAGUCGAAAGCGCGAGUCGCGUAGUUGACGGUGCGGUCGUAUUGAUCGAUUCCGUAGAGGGCGUCGAAGCUCAGACUAAAGCUGUAUGGGGACAGUUAUCAAGAUACAACGUAACAUCCAGAUUAGUAUUCGUGAAUAAACUCGAUCGGCCAGGAGCAUCAUUUAGAGCAUCUUUAAUAUCACUAAUUGCACAUGGGCUUCACUCUAACCCACUGGCGGUCACCCUUCCUAUCGCUUCCGUGAAACCCGAUGACUACGCGCGCGCUGAACCGGGAAUUGUAGGUCUCAUAGAUCUCGUCAAAUGGCAGUUAUGGGAGUGGGCCGUGGACGGCGAAUGCAGGGUCCAUUCCCUCCCGCUAUCUCUAGACUCGGUUGAUCUAGCUAGAUUACUGCCGAAAGAACACCCCGUCAUUCCUCAUUUAAUACCUGCACGUGUGGCACUCCUAGAGAAUCUUGCAAUGUUUUCCGAGGAACUCAUGGACAAGUUACUGGCGCUUCCUUCUGAACCGUCAUCGUAUCUCCAGAUUCAACCCCAGGAUAUCAUACCGCCCUUGCGCAGGGCUACCCUGAGGAACCAAGUCCUACCCGUCCUCUGCGGUUCCGCUUCGAAAGGCGUUGGAACGGAACUGGUAAUGGACUACGUUGGGGAAUUACUAGCAAGUCCUCUUGACGUGCGGAUAGAAGAUGAAGAUGCGAAUGGACCUUUACGCCUACUCGCAUGGAAAGUCGCUUGGGACCAGCGUAAGGGAUGGAUGACGUUUGUACGCGUCUACUCAGGACGUCUGAGGAAUCAAAGUGUGCUGUUCAACGUGAAUACGGGGCAAAAGGAGAAAGUGUCCAAACUACUCCUGCUUUAUGCAUCCGAGGCCCAAGAAGUCGAUUAUCUUCCAUACGGAUCCGUAGGGGUCCUCCUGGGCCUGCGCUUCACUCGGACUGGUGAUACGUUGGUGUCCGGGCGGGGACAAGGAAAAAUUGCCACCACCCAGUCGAUGCGGGGUGUUGUUCUUCCACCUGCUGUUAUGUCGGUCUCCGUAAUGCCAAAUUCCCACUCUGACCUGGAGCCAGUCCAGGAGGCCAUACAAGCAUUGAUUCGAACGGAUCCGUCGGUGCGCAUGGACGUUCAGGAUGGUCAGAUCCUUAUUCACGCACUUGGGGCUUUACAUUUGGAAAUCAUCGAGGGUCGACUGAGGGAAGAGUGGCGAGCAGAUUUCGAGUUUGGCAGACGCCAAGUAAGCUACCGAGAGUCAGUCGACUCGAAUAUGUCUUCGGACCUUCAAGAGUGGUCUACCGAGGUUUCAGGUAAAGUCGUCACAGCCAGAGUUUCCUUGUCAAUCUCGCCGCUCGCGGCGGGCGAGCAGGGCGAUCCAGCAUUUGAAGGAAACCUAGUACUUGACAACAAGGGUAACCCUUUGAUCGCACCGGAUGCGUCUCCCAACCAACUUCACCCACUAACAAAUUUGGCUCGUGGAAUCUCAAGUGCACUCUCCAGCUCUCCCCACACUUUGCUUCCAUAUUCGCACGUCAAGGUUCAGAUAAUGGCAUUCAAUUUACCACGAGACGCCCCUUCAUCUAUACUCGCUGGCGCGAGUUCUGCUAUUAUGAGAAAUAUCCUAAAACGUGCAAGAAUGGGACCCAUCUUAGAGCCCUACAUCAAGUUGAGGAUCUCUGUACACGAAGAUACCAUUGGUAAAGUUGUCAAGGACAUCAUGGACAGUGGAGGGGAGGUUUUGGAUCUUGCCUCCGACACAACCGCCGUCGGGAACGAAGGUGGAGCGGGUCGAUGGAACGCAGACACGACAUACAUCCCGCCUGUGGAAUUAUCACCCUCAUCUGCGUCCUCCGCUCUCAUCGCGGGCAUCCCUCGCUCAAAGCUGACCGUCCACGCUGUGGCCCCUUUGAGCCAGAUGCUAGAUUACUCAACACGGUUACGGGCAUUAUCUGCAGGCCAUGGUACUUUCAACAUGACGAACGCCGGUUUUCGGGAGGUCUCAGAAUCUCGCAAAUCGGCAAUUCUACGAGAACUCGGCCGCGCAUAACAUUCCCAGUGGCUG